AUGGUGACACGAUAUGUCAGUCUUCUCUUGAUUGUCAUUCACCGUGUCAAGAAAUUGUCAUCAAGAAAUUUCAACCAAAAGGCAUCACUGAUCAACCGGAACGAUGGAGGUAGCAAUUAUAGUUGCAUUUGCAUUCCUUAGCAUGUUUACGUUCUGCGAGAACACGUAUGCUCUUCCCGAUGACGCAAAAGCAACCACCUUGAAGGAAAUAAAGGAACCUAAGGACAUAAAGGAAGCAGCGACCGCGUCGAAAGACAUAAAAGAUGCUAUCAAGGCUGCCAAGGAGGCGAAGAAGAAUAAGAAGGACUGCGCCCGAGAAUGCGGGACUGAUUAUGAUCCUAUUUGCGUUCACGAUCCUGCUGACUCCAACUUCAAACCAAGGACUUUCGGCACGCAGUGCGCUUUAGAUGUUCACAACUGCGAGAUGGGAACGAAAUUGGCUGUAAAGAGCAAAGGAGAGUGUCCUGGAUCCGGCGGAGUAAAAUUGUCCUAAAUCGCUCGAUUACAUAGAAUCAUCGAGAUAUGUAAAGUAGACCGUCAAAUCAAUUGUUAGACUUAUUAUCGCCAAUUUAUUUAGUUUGUGCAAAAUAUCGUAAUAUAUUGUAAUCCGAUGUGACUUUCCAUGGUUAUAAAAUAGACGGGAUUACUGAGAAAAUUAGAUACAAUUACGCGAGAAAAUCUCUCUGACAAUAAAAUUGGCCGAUAAACUAUAUGCUAUACGAUUAUACAAUGUAAAAGCAAUCUAUCUAAUAAAUAUUAAUGAGCAAAUA